AACGGCCGCUCUGUCCUGGCUCCUUCGCCUCGCCGAGUCACAUUUGCCACGUCGUGGAGAGUAUAGGAACUCGGCAGACCAGCAAGAUGCUCCGGGCUAUGCAGGUCGUCCUCAGGGGGGAGGGCCGUCGUGCUGCGGCGGCUGGCUUGACCGGCCACUGCGGCUACUCCACGGCCUCGAGCUCCCAGAGGUUGGCUGGUAAGGUGGCCGUUAUCACCGGCGCCGCUAGCGGCAUCGGCAAGGCGACGGCCGCGGAGUUCGUCAGGAACGGCGCCAAGGUCGUGCUCGCCGACGUCCAGGACGACCUGGGCCGCGCCCUGGCGGCCGAGCUCGGCGCUGACUCCGCGUCCUACACCCGCUGCGACGUCACGGACGAGGCGCAGGUUGCGGCGGUGGUCGACCUCGCCGUGGCCCGCCACGGCAAGCUGGACAUCAUGCUCAACAACGCCGGCAUCGUGGGCUCCCUGGCGCGGCCCGAGCUGGGCGCUCUCGACCUCGCCGACUUCGACGCCGUCAUGGCGAUCAACACCCGGGGCGUCAUGGCCGGCGUCAAGCACGCAACCCGCGUCAUGGCGCCGCGCCGCGCGGGCAGCAUCAUCUGCACGGCCAGCAUCGCCGGCGUGCUGGGCCAGCUCACGCCGCACCCGUACAGCGUCUCCAAGUUCGCGGUGGUGGGGCUCGUGCGCGCCGUAGCCGGGGAGCUGGCGCGCUCGGGCGUGCGCGUCAACGCCAUCUCGCCCAACUACAUCCUGACGCCGCUGGUGAAGCGCAUCCUGCAGGAGUGGUACCCGGAGGCGAGCGGCGAGGAGCACCGGCGGAUCGUGGAGAGCGACAUCAACGAGAUGGAAGGCGUGGUGCUGGAGGUGGAGGACAUCGCCAAGGCGGCUCUGUACCUGGCGUCUGACGACUCCAAGUACGUCAACGGCCACAACCUCGUCGUCGACGGCGGGUUCACGGUGGGGAAGGCACCCAACAUGCCGGCACCGGCGCAGUGAAGGGACACAACCGGAGUCAGCGUAUUGCUCUACCGGAACAAAUCUGUUUAUUUCUUCAGCAUUGCAAAAGAAAACCUUCGUGAUGAAUGAACUGUGUCACUUCAAAAAAAAUAAUUCUCGUAGACUCGUAGCGAACUCUACUUCUGGGAUUGGACGUUGACUUAUUUGUAUGUUUAUUUUUAUUUUGCGAGGGAAUUGGACGUUGACUU